AUGGAUCCUAGCGUCAACAACAGAGACAUGGUCGACUCCUUGCAGGGAUACAGGUCACGAAAGAGAAUGAGAAAGGGAACGAGAAGCUGUACGGAAUGCAGACGCCGGAAAACUCGCUGUACGUUCGAUUCCAACCGCCCAGGAACAUGCCGAGAAUGCGGAUUAAGAGGCACAACCUGCCUCGAGCAAGAGCAGGACAGUCGUCGUGAGGACCAGCAGCCGUAUAGCUUGCGUGAGCGCGUUGUGGAACUCGAGACCGUUGUUCAAACGCUGCUCCGGAGGCUGGAUGCCAUCGAUGGCGGCAGUUAUGUGGCCAGCACCGUCUUAUACCAGCCAGCGGCGAAUGUAAAAGAACCACUUUCGACAUGCCUUCCAGGGUUCGAUUGGCCUGACAAGCUCGUAGAGUCCCGGCCAACAAACGGCGUGAAUCUAAUAGCGCAACCUACUGUGACUGACGGCGUCGAGUUAAAUCCUGUCAAUGAGCAGAUGGUGACGGCCCCCGUGUUGCGCCUGUUUGAUAAUGACGUGGUCAGUCGUAGAGGGUGUCAGUCUUCGGAUUCCCUGGCUUCCUCACCGCAUACUGCCUCCGCCUCCAGAGCGAAAGCCGCGCGAACUGCGUUGCUGUCGCUGCUGCCGCCCCACAAUGAUAUUACUAGGCUCGUCGAGUCUUCCUUAAUGUGGUGGUCCGCGUGGCAGGCCGAAUUCCCGGAGAUAUGUCGCCGUUGCCGAGUUGACGUGACACUAGGACAGAGCCUCUGUGAUAACCCCAUGUCUCCCGCAGAUGCUGCUAAGGCGUUGCUAUGCCUGGUCCUUAGCGUCGAACAACUCCCCGGAGACUAUGACUAUGCGUGCUUAUCAGUGCCUUUCACGCCACAGGAAUGGAUAAACCGUAGUAUCGAUGCUGUCGUAAGAUUCGUCAUCUAUGACGACGAGUUUGCGUCUACCCUGACCGGCAUUGAAAGUCACAUCCUGCUCUCCAAAUACUACAUCAACCAAGGCCGCCUGCGCAAGGCGUGGUUGACUGCUCGACGAGGGAUUGAAUUCGCCCAGCUGACCGGAGUCCACUGGUGCACGACCAAGCCGCCUCUUCUUCCAACCCCGUUAUUUGACCGGAGACUUCAGAUCUGGUGCGCUGCGGCUACGGUAGACCGGUUCCUCAGCCUGAUCCUAGGACUGCCCUAUGCGGUGCCCGAUGCAUUCCUUUUGCCGCAAGUCACGGCCUGUCUUCAGCGUGAGAGUAGCCCUCCGGCUUACACGUACAUGGCACGUCUGGCCUUGGUCCUUGGCAAGAUCGUUGACCGAGACCAGAGUUCCUCGGAGCAGUCUAUAUCUAGAACCCUCUUGUUGGAUGAGGAGCUGGCGGAUAUGAUCAAGUGCAUCCCAGAACACUGGUGGCGCACAUCUGGUCAAGAUAAUCGCAAGAUGGCGGGAAAAUGCUAUGAGACUGCCAUCCUCCGAUUCCUUCAUCAGGUCAUCCGAGCCUUUGCGCACCUUCCAUAUCUCCUAAAACAUACAGCCGACCCAAAAUCCCAAUGCUGCCGUUUGACCGCGUUGGAGUCGGCUCGGAAAAGCCUGCUGGCUUAUCGGGAGUUCCGUGCAACGAACAGACCCUAUCUUUAUCGGCUUAUGGACUUCCUCGCAUUUACCAUGGCUAUGUUGCUGGUCAUUCAUUCAGUCGGCUAUUCGGGGAUGCCGUCUCUUCAGCCGCGGGAACAAGAUAGUCAGGACAUUGACCUGGUCAGAGAGGCUGCGGAAAUCUUCGCCAAAGUCGGCACAAACAACGGGGGCACGGCCGCAUUAGAGUCUAGCAAAAUCAUUCAGGGCAUUCUCGGUCAUUGGGCUGCUGGUAGCGGCUCACAUCCUCGUCGCUGUGAGACGUUGAAAAUUUGCCUUCCCUACUUUGGUGCGAUCACUAUCUGUCCGGGAAAGGUCCUGGCCGAGCAGUUGCGACGCAAACCUCGAGUCCCUGAGCCGUUUUACCGAUGUCAAAAGCAGCAGCCUCCUCUCUGUCCAUUGCUGGCUGCAGCCGAUGGACGAAACGGAGACAAGCAACGUAAUCUUGUGGGUCAAACGUCCACGGAUCCUCAAUCAGAAUAUCUGAAUAGCCCGCAAUUUCGACUGGAGGACGCCCCCUCCUUUUCAGACGCUGGAUGGGAGCUGAGUGGGUUCUUUGAUGAUUUCGGGUACGGGCUUUGGUCAGGUCUGGAUAUCAACCACGGCCUUGACCAAGGUUGGUGA